AUGACACCCUUGGAUGCUGAGGAUCCAAGCGUGCGGGCUCACCUCGCGCGUCCCCGCAAAUGCAUACAGAGCGACACAGACAUGCAUAUAUGGCAACAGAGCGACGCGCAUCACACUAUUCUGCUGUUCCUCAUGCAGCUGAGCGAAGCAUGUGUGAUGCAGCCUACACGCGACGUAGUAUGGCACGAACGCGAGACAUAUGCCGCAUCUGACUCGGUCAUUGAUCGUGUGCUGGCACUGCUGAUCGAACUGGAUACAUGGACAGACGAAAUUGUGCCUGAUACAGGUCCCCAUCGCUUUGGCAAUCUGGCUUUCCGGACAUGGGGUGCGCGUCUGCAGGAACGUGCAGAGGCAUUGCUUCGCAGGUGCCUUCCGCCCCACUUGCAUGCAUUCAUCACAGAGCUCUACGCAUAUCUGGUGGACGCAUUCGGUUCAUUUGUGCGCAUCGACUACGGCACGGGCCAUGAGCUUCAUAUGGUAGCAUGGCUCGCGUAUCUAUACCGCCUGGGGGCGUUGUCUGAAGAGGGUGCGGAGGCUCGGAUAGCGCUCGAAGUCAUUCCUGCCUACCUGCGUGUGGUGUGGCACCUGCAGGACCGAUACACCCUCGAGCCGGCUGGCAGUCACGGCGUAUGGGGUCUGGACGACUUCCACUUCGUGCCGUACAUCCUCGGCGCGGCUCAGCUCCGCGACACGACAAUGUCGCCACUGCAGAUGGCUGACCUCUCGCUCUACCCCCACGCACGAAUGCGUGAGCCACGCGUUGGUCCACGCCUAUCGCCGCGCGACACGAUCAUGUACAUCGCUCCGACGCAUGCAUCACCGAUGCCCAAUAUGUAUACGUCGUCGCUUGCGCGCAUCCAUUCGCUCAAGCGUGGACCAUUCUCUGAGCAUUCGCCGCUCCUCUUCGACAUCUCGCGCAACGUGCCUACGUGGCCCAAGGUACAUGCAGGCAUGCUCAAGAUGUACGAUGCCGAGUGCCUCCUGAAGCGCCCGGUCGUCCAGCACUUUGUAUUUGGUGGCGUAGGGUACGUGUGGCCUCACACCGAGACACACGCACCACCACGGCCCACGCGGAUGACGCCUGCUGUCGGCGCCCGCCCCACAAUGCAUCCUCGACAUGCUCAAUGA